ACGGCCCAUACCCCACAACCAGAACAUGAUAGCGUCGAGGACGCCCGUCUCGCUCCACAGCCUCCUCGUCGCCGGCGGCCACGGAAAGCGAUGCGUCGCCGGCGCCGGCGGCAGGAAGCGCGGCCGGGUGCAGCGCCGCCACCUCACGCAGGCGCUCGAGAGCUUCUGGAGGCACGCUCCCCGCCCCGCUCCUCCCGCCGCCGCUGCCCGCGGCGAGGCCAACCGCUCGUGGCAGCCGCCACCCCUCGAGAACCCUGCCUUUGAGGAGUAUUACAAGGAGCAACGAAUUGUUCGCGAGGAGGAGUGGGAUGACUUCAUCAGUGUGCUGCGGAAACCAUUGCCAGCGACUUUUAGGAUCAAUGCCAGCUCCCAGUUUUUUAAGGAUAUUUGCUCAAAGUUAGAGAAUGACUUCAAGAGAUAUUUGGAGAGUGAGGUUAGUGAUGAGUAUGGAGAAGAUGCUAUCAGGCCCUUGCCUUGGUAUCCAGGGAAUCUUGCAUGGCAUUUGAACUUCUCUCGAAAGCAACUGAGGAAAAAUCAAGCUCUUGAGAGUUUCCAUGAGUUUUUGAAACAUGAGAGUGAGGUUGGUAAUAUAACCAGACAGGAGGCUGUUAGCAUGGUGCCACCAUUGUUUCUGAAUAUACAACCUGAUCACCAUGUUCUUGACAUGUGUGCAGCACCAGGCUCUAAAACUUUCCAGUUACUUGAGAUGAUUCACCAAUCAAAAGAGCCAGGUUUACUUCCGAGAGCACUGGUGGUAGCUAAUGAUGUCAACGCGCAAAGAUGUGACCUCCUUAUCCACAAUAUGAAGAGAAUGUGCACAGCCAACCUGAUAGUGACAAACCAUGAAGCGCAAAACUUCCCUGAUUGCCGUAUUGCAAAUGACCUUUCAGAAAUUUAUAAAAAAGACUGCAAACCUCAAAGAUUAGAAUUUGAUCGGGUACUUUGUGAUGUCCCCUGUAGUGGUGAUGGAACUAUCCGCAAGGGUCAUGACAUGUGGAGAAAGUGGAACUCAGGCAUGGGGAAUGGACUUCAUCUUCUCCAAGUAGAUAUUUCUAUGCGUGGCAUUGCCUUACUUAAAGUGGGUGGAAGGAUGGUUUACUCAACUUGCUCAAUGAAUCCUGUUGAAAAUGAAGCUGUUAUAGCUGAGCUUCUUCGGAGAAGUGGAAAUUCUGUCGAGCUUCUUGAUGUUUCUAAUGAGCUACCAGAAUUGGUCCACCGUCCUGGACUUAGCACUUGGAAGGUUCAAGAUAAAGGAUCUUGGUUUCAGAAUCAUGACGAUGUCCCUUGUGAUAGGAAGAAUGUAAUAUUACCAAGCAUGUUUCCGUCAAAUAAUAGCAUCCAGGAAGGGCAAUCUGUGUGUGAUGACAUUGAAGUCAACACAGGUAGCAAUGGAAGCUUCUCAAGAAACUUCAGCAUUGAAAAAACCAACAAAGUUUAUUGUGAUACAGAUGGAAUUUCAAAUAGCAACACCACCAAACAUUCUGACUCUACUCCCAACAGUACAAGCUCAAAUUUUCCUCUGCAUCGUUGCAUGAGAAUUGUUCCUCACGACCAAGACAGUGGGGCAUUUUUCAUUGCAGUUCUCCAUAAACUGUCCCCGUUGCACGAGUGCCAGAUGGUGGAGGUGACAAAAACCGAAGUUCUUGAUGAUGAUGAAUCGCUUGAAGAACAGAAAAAAAUUAGCAUAGAUGCUCAUACUUCAGAAGAUAGCAACUUAACUGAAGUUGCUUUGGUUACUGAUGAUGUAAAAAAUGAUCAAGCUGAAUCAGGGAAUAGAAUGAAUAAGUUGCAAGACCAAUGCAAGUGGAAAGGGGUUGAUCCUGUAUUAUUUUUCAGAGAUCUAACGGUGAUUAAAAGUAUUGUAUCGUUCUUUGCGAUCAAUAUAUCUUUUCCACUUGAAGGUCAUCUGGUAACUAGAAGUGCCGAUCCUAAUAAUGCAAGGAGGAUAUACUAUGUAUCAAAAUCAGUCCAAGAAAUUUUGCAACUGAACGUAGAAGUUGGAGAGCAGCUUAAGAUUGCAUCUCUUGGCCUCAAAAUGUUUGAAACACACCGAUCAAAGGAUGGUUGUCCAUGUGCAUAUAGGCUAUCGUACGAGGGCUUGCCAUUGCUGCUUCCAUACAUCAGCAAGCGGAUACUCUGUGCAUCUCCAAACGAUUUCCUGCGCCUUUUACAGUACAGGACCGUUAAUUUUGCUCACUUUAUUAAUGCCAGAUUUGGGGAGGAAGCUGCAUCAUUGAUACCUGGUUGCUGUGUUGUAAUCUUACGUGAAGGUCAUCAGAACCUAGAUUUAGGUUCUAUAACCAUGGAUCCCACCACAAUUGCCAUCGUUUGCUGGAGAGGCAAGGCAACACUGAACGCCAUGGUUUCUCCACCUGAUCGGAAGGAGCUGCUUGAGAGGAUCACACAACGCUUCGGGCUCAAAGCAUUGAGAGUGGAGGAAGAGAACCCCCGACGGCAAAAUUAAUUGAUGGAUGAUCAACGUUGUCACAUUGAGAUGGAUGAUCAAGAAGUCGUGAGGACAGCAAAACGGAGCUGACACGGGUGAUGGUAUAGUGUGGUGGUUUAACUCAUACUCGCUCCGUAUUAGGAAAGAAAGUUGUUUUGGACAGUGACAUGGUCUCCAAAACUAGCUAUGUGAUAAAACUAGCUUGUGCUAUUUCUGAGAGUUACCUUUGGUAUAGUGUGGUGGUUUAACUCAUACUCACGCAGUAUUCGUAAAGGAAGUCGUUUUGGACAGCAA